AUGGGUUCCAGCGCGAAAAAGAAGAAGGAAAAAAAGAAGGAUUUCCAAAAAACAAAACUGCGAGUCGGCAAGACCAAAGCAAAGCCUGAGAACUUCACCGACACCAGCUUCAAGGCCAAAUCCAUCGUCCUCAACCAACAAUCUCUGCACAUCUCGGCGCCCUCCGCCGACGCCCAAUUCACCCACCAUCUCUCCCUCACCUCGUCCAAAUCCGACACGCAGCGCCGCGACUCCCUCGCCCACCUGACGACCUCCAUCGUCUCGCGGCCCGUAGACUCCCCCCUCCCGCAGCCCGUCAGCGCCAUCCUCCCCACGCUGCUGCCCCUCAUCCUCGACGCCAGCAACGGCGUCCGCACGCAGCUGCUCAAGCUGCUGCGCGCGCUCCCGCCCGCCGACGUGCAGGACCACGUCGCGCAGCUGCUGCCGUACAUCCGCGCCGGCAUGACCCACCUCGCGGCCGACCUCCGCGUGUCCGCCGUCGAGGUGCUCGCGUGGCUGGUCGACGUCGCGGGCGCCGAGGUCGUCGCCUGCGCCGGCGGCUGGAUCAAAACGCUCAACUGCUUUCUGUCCGUGCUGGGCUGGCACACCGAGGAGUCGUCCAAGUGGUCUUCGUCGUCGUCGGCGUCGGUAUCCGCGUCCGCGUCCGCGACGCGCGCCUCCUUCGGUAAGGCCGGGGCCCAGGGAAAGCCCAUGAUCAAGAUGCUGGGCGCGCUGGCGGAGUUCCUGCAGGUCGGGAUCGGGCGGCCCGCGGAGGCGGCGAUCGGGCUGGACGCGAGCGACGCGGAAGCCGGGGUCGCCGGCUGGGAGUUCCCGCUGCGCCACGCGGCGCAGCAUAUGGUGCCGCGGUCGUCGGCGCCGUACAUCCAUCUGAACCUGUUCGGGCAGCCGCGGGACGAGGAAGGCGAGAUGUACGAGACGCGCGAGGACCGGUACCGGGUUUUCGCGAGCCGGUUUCUCGGCGCGGUGCAGCGCGGGUUGGAGGGGGCGCGCGGCGAGGGCGGCGAGGUCGGCCGGGCGUCGGCGGGGGUGAGUAAGGUGCUUAAGGAGGCGAUUGCGUACGGGCCGGGUCCUUGA